GGCAGCGCGCACGCCGGCGUGAGAGGGCACGGGGAAAAGGUGGCUCUGGCCGGGGCGGCUCGGUUUCCUGUGGCUAUGUAGCUGAGCUCGUCGGCUCCGAGUCCUCCUUCGCUGCCAUCGCCGCGUCCUAGCUCGGAGCGGCUGCUCGCGAGGGAUACUGUCUUCACGCCCGCCGCUCUCCCUCGACGGCCGAGCUUGCUUGCUCGCCCGUGGGAGCGUCCCGGCCGAGCAGCCCUGAGGGGGGAGGGGAGGCCAUUUUGUCCCGACCGACUCCCCGGAACCGGGCGGAGCGGCUGGGAGAGGCUGCGGAGCCGCGGUCGCCGCCCUCGGAGGCACCGGACGCAGCCACCGUCGGGGCUUCCUCGACGAGGCCGUUCCUAGGUCGCCCGCGCCUUCUCGAGCCCUCCUUUUUCCCACGCUUUCCCGGUCCUCCGGCCUGAGAACGCCCGAGAGAGGAGGAGUUGGCCGUAGUGAGAGGGACCGAUCCCUUGGGGCCGCCGGCGGCGAGAGCCUGUGCCGCUCCUCCCAAUGGCGAAGAAGACGUACGACCUGCUUUUCAAGCUGCUCCUGAUCGGGGACUCGGGAGUGGGGAAGACCUGCGUCCUUUUUCGUUUUUCGGAUGAUGCCUUCAAUACCACCUUUAUUUCCACCAUAGGAAUAGACUUUAAGAUCAAAACAGUUGAAUUACAAGGAAAGAAGAUCAAGCUACAGAUAUGGGAUACGGCAGGCCAGGAGCGAUUUCACACCAUCACAACCUCCUACUACAGAGGAGCAAUGGGUAUCAUGCUAGUAUAUGACAUCACCAAUGGUAAAAGUUUUGAAAACAUCAGCAAAUGGCUUAGAAACAUAGAUGAGCAUGCCAAUGAAGAUGUGGAAAGAAUGUUACUAGGAAACAAGUGUGAUAUGGAUGAUAAAAGAGUUGUACCUAAAGGAAAAGGAGAACAGAUUGCAAGAGAGCAUGGUAUUAGAUUUUUUGAGACUAGUGCAAAAGCAAAUAUAAACAUCGAAAAGGCGUUCCUCACAUUAGCUGAAGAUAUCCUUCGAAAGACCCCUGUAAAAGAGCCCAACAGUGAAAACGUAGAUAUCAGCAGUGGAGGAGGCGUGACAGGCUGGAAGAGCAAAUGUUGCUGAACGCUCUCCUGUUCCAUCAGUUGCCAUCCACCACCCUGUUUUCUCUUCCUGCUGCAAAAUAAACCACUCUGUCCAUUUUUAACUCUUCAACAGAUAUUUUUGUUCCUCAUCUUUUAACUCCUAGUCCACCUGUUUUAUUUGUUCUUUCAUCUGUGACUGCUUGCUGACUUUAUAAUUUUCUUCAAACAAAAAAAUGUAUAGAAAAAUCAUGUCUGUGAGUUCAUUUUUAAAUGUACUUGCUCAGCUCACCACUGCAUUUCAGUUGUAUUAUAGUCCAGUUCUUAUCAACAUUAAAACCUAUAGCAAUCAUUUCAACUCUAUUCUGCAAAUUGUAUAAGAAUAAAAGUUAGAAUUAACAAUUUUAUUUUGUACAACAGUGGAAUUUUCUGUCAUGGAUAAUGUGCUUGAGUCCCUAUAAUCUAUAGACAUGUGAUAGCAAAAGAAACAAAAGCCAGGAAAACACUCAUUUUCGCCUUGUGUAUGUAAAUGGGGUUAAUUUUGUCCUGUGCCUUAUGUGGAAAGGAACUUCUUUGGUUCUUCCUUUUUUUGUUUUGGUGGAAGCAUGUGCAGGAGACAUAUCAUCGAAACAUAAAGCAUUAAAAAUGUUUGUGGUUUGCUUGGCUGUAAUUUUCAAAGUAGUUAACUGAGGACAAAGGAUAAUGCAGAAAUGAUAGCUUUGGUUUGUGGAGUCUCAUUUCAAGUGGCCUUUAUAUUUAAAACUAUUCCUGCCACCGGUUCUUUUCCUUGGCCACUUUUUCCUUGUGUCUCUUCCUGCAUGCUGCUUUAUUUGCUUCUCCCCCACCACCCUGUGGUAUGAUUUAUUUAAAAAUGAAAGGGGUAAACUAGCAGGUUUGUCGAGUUUAACAUAAAGCACUGAUUUAACUUGCUAAGUAAACUGAAAGAUAAAUUCUAACUGCCUGUUAUCAAAUGUCAGUUAACUGUGUCCUCCCCUCAUUUUCUCUCUCCCCUAAAGCUUCUGUCCCAGAUUCCUUCAUUUGCUGUUCGACUUCAUGUUCCUCUUCUCUUACCCUCUUUGUUCCCUUCCUGUCUCUCCACUGAGUUUAUGAAAUGGAAGAGUUAAUUGCAUGCACUAGUGUUUGGAGGGUGUUGUGGUUUGUCUUUCUAAUUAGGUGUAUAGCCUAUUCACUUUCCUAGAAUAAAUCUCUUAACCUAAAUUUGAAUAGUCUCCAUUUUGGCAACUCCUCUAGCAGUUUGGUAGCCCAAUCAAGGUUGUUUCAAAAAGGUGGGAAGGAGGAGUGAAAUUUAUUAACAUGUUUGCCAAAUAUAUUGAGAUUUGGCCUUUGAAGAACAUUUUUUCAGUGUUAAGUUGUCUUUACCUUAAGAUUUAGAAGUACUUUAGAAUAUUGUUAAUUUUAAGUCCUAUCUUCACAUCCCUUUGGAAAAUUUGUAUCACCAUGGAUUUGGAAAAAGGACAACAAAGGCUUUUCAUGUGAAGAUAAGAUACUCUAGCUCUCUCUCACCCUGUCAUUUUUUCACUUCAUUUUUCUAGUUUUGCUUCAUUGCUUAUCAUUAGGAUAGGGUAAGUUAAGUUUGCUAUGCUGCUAGCAUCCUAAGAUGAUACCUUUGUUGAAAUAAUUGUGAAUAGCAUGAUUCAUUUCUAGCAGAGGCUGAGUUUAGGACAGCAGCUUCCAUUGAAAAGUCUUUUUGUGUCGUGGAUAGCAUUUUAAUGACCUCUUGG